UUUCCGCUGAGUUGUGUGCUUGAGAGCAUAAAGGUCCCACCUUGGCCCGUCUCUACUCUCGAAUCCUGGAAUCCACUAAUCUAAUCUCCUCCAGCAGUGGGAGUGCAAGAAAGAAACUGAAGCCAGCAACAAAGAACAUUGAAAGCGAUUGGAAGGAAGGAAAUCCCAAUCAAAUAGCCGUUUAUUUGCAUAUUUCCUUUCCGAUCCUUCUUCAACUUAAAAGAGAUUUCUUUACUCUCCUUAUUAAAGUCUCAGCAAGCACUAGAAGUAAUGGCCGUUGAGGGAUUACCUCAUCCGUUCAUGUUUAUAAAAAGGAAAGGUUCCAUCUUUCCGCGUUUUAUCACUGGUUUCGUUCAUCUGAUUUCCUGAUUUCUUCUUCCUAUAUAUCCGCCAAAUAUAAAUUUUGAAGAGAAGCGGAGUGGUUUCUUUGCCCUUGUGUUCCGUCUUCUUCUUGUUUGAUCUACUUUAUUUAAGGAUAUUGGAGAUCAGCACAGGGGAAGGGUGAAAAGAGACUCCUAUGAGGUUGAAUCUGCAGCACAUUUCAGCGUUCUCGGUGUAAAUCAAUGGUGUUGGAACAUAGAAGUUUCGAUUCUGUUCAAUCAUCUAGGUGUUGCAAGAAUAAGUAGGUAGAAAUAACAGAGUAUUGAGGUUUAUGUGAUUGAUUCUGCUUUCUCCAUUAGUGAAAUGGGAGCCACCUGUUUGAAUGGUAAUGAGUUAGACUCUAAUGAGAAAGCUUCAAAGGAUAGUGAGAAUGACAUUGAAGAAUUCAGACAAGAGAGUGACAGAGAUAUUACUGCAUUAGAACUUCAAAUGGAGUUUGAGAAGAUAAGCACAAAAUUGCCUUUGGCCUGGCUGGAAUCUUGUCCUUGUGGAAGUCAUGUUGAUCUUGCAAGUAUUGCUAAUUUACUUAAUUCUAUUAGAAAUUUUGGAUGGCACUCUUUAGAUUCAGGAGAAUAUAAAAGAUUAUCCUUAUCAAAUUGCCCCUUGAAAUUGAGAUGGUCAGAAUUUAUUUUUGAAGAUCUAAGACACCAGAGGAAAACAAGAAGCUUAAAUGACCCUGGUAGCUUUUUCUCUGAUAGAUCAGUAAUAGAUAGCAUAAGCAAUGUAGUUCUGAGUCAUUCUGGAUGGUGGAAACUUGAUGGAUUUCAGAAAAAUGCAAAGGCAAUCUCUCUUUUCAAAAGAUCGAUAUUUACUCAUUUAAGUAUUCUAGAUGAUGCCAUAAACGAGUCUAGAUCAAGAACACCUAGCCCUAUGCAGAAAACAUUGGAAUUUAGCAGGUCAUCUGUAAAGGUGGAAAAUACUUCAGAAGUAAAAUUUUCGAAGAUGAAGCUCAUUUCCUGUUCAAGUUCUAAGUCUACAUUUUCAUGCCAGUCCAUUUCAUCAGCCAAUUCUUCUAUUACCAAAGGACAGCUUCAGUGUUUUCAAAAGGGUGGGAUGUCCUGCUUUAUAUUCUCAUUGGAUGAAGCCCCUCAAGUUACAUACAUGGCUAGUCCUCGGAAGAUCGAAUCUUCUGCGGAGAAAGCCAUCGAUGGCAUGUAUUUAUUUUAUUUUAAAGAUAACAAGAACAGUGACUGCAGAGAGCACAGUAUGAAUUCCACAAGUUUAAUUGCUAAAAUGAAGGUUUCUAGUUCUAUAAUUCUGACACAGAACAGGGUGAAAAUCAUGGAAACUGAGUUCGUAUUAUACGCGUUGCAGGGAGAGCUUUCAAAUAAGCUACAGAAAUCAUCAUCUAUUGUUUCUGGGAGUAAAGGUUUUACUAAGAAGGUUGCAGAAAUGUUUAGAACAAGCAAUAUGGCAAAGAUUAAGCCAAAGGAUAAGGUUCAUGAGCAAAAAUUUGAUGGAUUGGGUGAUAUUAGUGAAUCUAGUCCUGCUAAUGAUGCUUUUGAUGUUCUUCUGCCUAAUCUUGAGUUGGCUGCCAUUGUUGUUCGAGAGUGCUUCCAAGAUACCACCAAUGGCUUGAAGUUUGGUGGUUGGGGCCUCAAGUUUCUUGAGAAAGCUGGUCAAAAGGUUACAUCUUCAGAGCCUUUUCUUCCUCCUUGUUCCAUCAAGAAUCCCUGUAACAGAGAUGAAUCUGCGAAGAGCUUGAAUGUUAUAAUUCCUGCUGAUCUUCAUGGUGGUCCGGUUGCUCAGCAAGGUGGCCCAGCAAGUAUUAUUGCCAGAUGGAGAUCUGGGGGUCAUUGUGACUGUGGUGGUUGGGACAUUGGAUGUCCUUUAACAGUACUGAACCAGAGCUCCAUUUAUUCAAAUGCUUCUACAAAGGACUCUGAAAAGAAGCCAGUCAAUCUGUUUAUAGAGGGCACCAAAAAUAGUGGGCUUCCUACUCUUAGUAUGAUGAAAAUUACUGAAGGUCUCUACUCCAUUUACUUCCAAUCUUCCCUUUCAAUCCUUCAAUCCUUUUCCAUAGCAGUUGCUUCCAUCCACAAAAGUUGCUGAUUUGCUACCCAAAUUAUAGAGAAAUUAUCAGAUGUGCAGAUUAUGUAGAUAGUUUUUGGCUUCGUUUAGGACUGCUUAUUUUCUGUUUCUUAAAGUAACUUUUUACUUGCUUUAAGAAGCAGAAAGAAAGCCGUCCCACACGAAGCCUCUAUGUGGGGAAGAUGAGAGUAUGCUACUGUAUUCUUGUUACAUAGCUGGAGUACACAAGCAUAGCAGUACACGACUUUGUACUUAGCUUCGUUUGGGACAGUUUUUUGUUGCUUUCUAAAAUAGCUUUUAAUACAUAAUUUUUUUAACUAUAGAGUCAUUUUAGAAAACAAUAAGAAAGUUGUCUCAAUUGAAGCAUAUAACGAAUGCAAAGAUGUAUACUCGUAUCUUUCACAUGGAGAGUUAUGUGCGUAGUCCGCAGUUUAUAAUUUCUUCAAUUUACAGCUUGCGAACGAGGUUUUGAAGGUUUCUUGCAUUUUCUUUAACCAUUUGGAGGGGGAGGAGAAAAUAGUUUGUGUAAGUAAUUUCGAUCAUAUUUAUAUAUACUUUGUAUUUUCUCAUUAGUGAUGUGAGAGUCAAUAUAUGAGGAAUAAUUAUUUUGUG